AUGGCGGCGAGCGACCCUCCGAGCGCUCAGCGGACGGCCAGUGGUAGGCUCCCUAGCCAGGGUCACCUCAUGUCACGAUCUUUCUCUCGGCUUCAGGUCGGUAUUCCGAUGCGCUCUGGACAACGAGCUUCUCCUGCUCUCAUUGGAGACCCGGCUCGCUCUGUGCUUGGCCCGGCGCGUGCGUUGCUUCAGGCCAUGGGUACCAACGAGCCUCAGAAGGACGUACAGAAGCUGCGGACAACUGUUCGCCAGCUCCUCAAAAUGGACAAGGAGCAGCAGAACGACGACGCCGCGAUCGCAGAGGAUGAAGAGGAGCUUCCGCCUGCCGCUUCUCCGUUCGCUUUUCGUGGCGCCCGAGCGUUGUCUCGCUUGACGCCUGCUCGCUUGGCGGAAACAAAAGGGUCCGAGAGAAACUAUCGCGACUCCAUGCGAGCAAGCACGCCGGCGAGAACCAGCGAAGAACACGGUUCAUCGCCGCAUACUCAAUCAUAUAUAAUACAAGCGAACAACUAG